CGGCAGCAGCAGCUCUCGGGAGGAGCCUGUCCACCGUGAGACAGCAUAUUCAGCCGGCGGCGGCGGUCCUGCCGCAGCGGCGGCGGCACGGCUCGGCUCGGCUCGGCGCAGCUACUGGCAGCAGCCCUUCAGUCAGCGGGACAUCCCUCUGCUCCCCCGGCGGCGAGGGCUCGGUGAGGGCUGCAAGGCGCCGGGAGCGAGGGCUCGGUGAGGGCUGCAAGGCGCCGGAGCCGCUCCGCAUCUCCCGGGCGCCGGCGGAGACUGUUUUGAAGAUUGGGUCUUACCAUCAUCCUCCUUGUUGAGCAGGACUUCUGAGGGCCAGUGUAUUUUUCCAACUUCAGGUUCCUGGUUCCUGUUAUGCCUCCCAUAGAUAAAAGCCUUGCUUUAGCAGCUGUCUUCAGGCACAGUCAAAAUGUCAGACAAAAGUGAUUUAAAAGCAGAACUUGAGCGCAAAAAACAACGUUUGGCUCAGAUAAGAGAAGAAAAGAAACGGAAGGAGGAAGAAAGGAAGAAAAAAGAGGCUGAUCUACAGCAGAAGAAGGAGCCGGCUCAGGAAGAUUCUGACCUAGACCGUAAAAGAAGAGAGACAGAAGCUUUGUUACAGAGCAUUGGCAUAUCCCCAGAACCACCUCUAGUCCCAACCCCUAUGUCUCCCUCUUCGAAAUCAGUGAGCACACCCAGUGACGCAGGCAGCCAGGACUCAGGGGAUCUGGGACCCAUAGGAAGGACCUUGCAAUGGGACACAGACCCCUCAGUGCUGCAACUCCAGUCUGACUCUGAACUUGGACGCAGACUGCACAAACUAGGGGUGUCAAAGAUUACCCAGGUCGAUUUCUUACCUCGGGAGGUGGUAUCAUACUCCAAGGAGACACAGACACCUCUGGCCACACAUCAAUCUGAAGAGGAUGAAGAUGAUGAAGAGAUGGUGGAGCCAAAAACACAGGAUGACUUAGAGACAGAAAAUCAAGACCAGAAGCAGGAAGUGAAAGAAGCUCCUCCUAGAGAACUAACAGAAGAAGAAAAGCAACAAGUUCUCCAUUCAGAAGAAUUCCUGAUAUUUUUUGACCGCACAAUACGUGUAAUUGAGCGAGCUUUGGCUGAAGAUUCUGACAUCUUCUUUGACUAUAGUGGCAGAGACGUAGAAGAAAAAGAUGGAGAUGUUCAAGCAGGAGCCAACCUCUCCUUUAACCGGCAAUUCUAUGAUGAGCACUGGUCAAAGCAUCGGGUCGUCACCUGCAUGGAUUGGUCUCUUCAGUACCCUGAAUUGAUGGUUGCAUCGUACAACAAUAAUGAAGAUGCUCCACAUGAGCCUGAUGGGGUAGCCUUGGUGUGGAACAUGAAGUUCAAGAAAACUACACCAGAAUAUGUGUUCCAUUGUCAGUCCUCCGUGAUGUCAGUCUGUUUUGCCCGCUUUCACCCAAACCUGGUCGUUGGUGGAACAUAUUCUGGCCAGAUUGUCCUGUGGGAUAAUCGCAGUCACAGGCGCACUCCGGUUCAGAGAACCCCCCUGUCUGCUGCUGCUCACACGCAUCCUGUGUAUUGUGUGAAUGUAGUUGGAACACAGAAUGCACACAAUCUUAUUACUGUCUCUACGGAUGGCAAAAUGUGCUCCUGGAGCCUGGACAUGCUCUCAACUCCACAGGAGAGCAUGGAGCUGGUAUACAAUAAGUCCAAACCAGUGGCGGUCACAGGAAUGGCUUUUCCAACUGGAGAUGUCAAUAACUUUGUCGUGGGCAGUGAAGAGGGAACAGUCUACACAGCCUGUCGUCAUGGAAGUAAAGCUGGCAUUGGUGAAAUUUUUGAAGGCCACCAAGGACCUGUCACAGGAAUCAAUUGUCACAUGGCAGUGGGUCCAAUAGACUUUUCCCAUCUCUUUGUCACGUCAUCAUUUGACUGGACAGUGAAACUGUGGACCACAAAGCACAACAAGCCGCUCUACUCCUUUGAAGACAAUGCCGACUAUGUCUACGAUGUCAUGUGGUCGCCAGUGCAUCCCGCGCUCUUCGCCUGCGUGGACGGGAUGGGGCGCCUGGAUCUGUGGAACCUGAAUAACGACACCGAGGUUCCCACAGCCAGUGUCACCAUAGAAGGAGCAUCUGCCCUCAACCGCGUGCGCUGGGCCCAGGCUGGGAAGGAGGUCGCAGUUGGUGACUCAGAAGGCCGCAUAUGGGUCUAUGAUGUUGGAGAGCUGGCUGUGCCACACAACGACGAGUGGACGCGCUUUGCCCGGACCUUGGUGGAGAUCCGCGCCAACCGAGCCGACAGCGAGGAGGAGGGGGCGGUGGAGCUCUCGGCAUAGAGGGAGAGGAGCAGCGCCUGCCAGAGCAGCAGCUUCCCUCGCCGGGUGCGCCAGUGUUUGGUGUCAGAUCAGUCCUGCUGUGGCUUUUGAUGCCAGUGUACAUGCCAGUAUUGCUCAAAGCAUUCCAUGUUAAUCACACUGCUUUACACAAGGCUGAAAAUAUCCAGAGCAUUUUCAUACUUUAUAUUUCUGUCUGAAAAGUAAGAAAGAAAAGACAAAUCAACCCUUUAUGGGUUUAGUUGUUGCCUUUUAACUACUUAGUAGCUGUAUUUAAUAGCUAGGAACCCCUGGUUAAACUUGUGCUCACAUUGCCCUUCUGGCAUAGUCCUAUUAAAUCCAUAUGAAGCCAGAUAUGAUUAUGUGCAGAUGUGGUGUGCUUCACUGUAUGGGACUGGGCCAAAGACUUUAGAUGUGGUGUAUCACAUGGUGACUUACAUUAUGAAUGGAUGUACUAUACGAAAGUUGCUGCUCCUUAUUUAUUGCGGUGUGCUGCAUGGAACAUAUUUAUUUGAAAGCAUUAAAAUAAACGAUCCUAAAGCAUGUGCAUAAUGAGAGAACUGCAUUGUCUGUGUGCUGCUGUAGAGGUUACAUUAAAGUCCACGUAACAAUUACAGUACAUCAGUUGUGCUUAAGAUGUAAGAUCUAUACAGGUUGGCUUGAGUGGAUGGAAUGAGCUCCCUUUCCUUUUUUUUUUAAGAUGCCUAUUAUUUCUAGGCACUUUAACUAUAUUUCAGAUACAGUUGGUCACUGAUACUUGUCAUGCAAGUUAACACUAAAAGUCUGACAAAGGGUUGUGGUUCCCAAGUAUGACACCAGUAUUGCCAAUAAAAUGUAUCAGGCCUGUUC